UCCUACUUAGCGGCAAUGAAUUCUCCGGUCGUUCAUCACCUCGCUACCACCACCAUCAAAGCACGCCAUAUUUCUGAAGAAACCCAGCAGCGUUGUGAGUUGGCACCGUGGGACGUGGCCAUGCUCUCCGAUCACUACAUCCAAAAGGGUUUCGUCUUCCACCGCCCUCCAUCCUCACAAAGCCAGGAAAAGAUAAUGGACCGCCUCAAGGACUCCCUCGCGGCCGUGCUUGUCUACUUCUAUCCCCUUGCUGGCCGCCUCUCAACCGAAAGAGAUUCUCACACUUCAUCAUCACAUGUUUUUAUCGACUGCAACAACGCGGGUGCUGAAUUCAUCCACGCUGCCGUAGAUAUGACGGUGGCCGAUGUCCUCACUCCCGUUGAUGUGCCACCCGUUGUCAAAUCCUUCUUUACCCUCAGCGAAGCAGUCAAUCACGACGGCCACGUUUUACCUCUUCUAUCAGUACAGUUUACCGAACUGACCGACGGUGUCUUCCUCGGGUGCUCUUUCAACCACGUGGUUGGUGAUGGCACCUCCUUUUGGCGAUUCCUCAACGCGUGGUCUGAGAUAUCAAGAAGCCAGGGAGGAAUUGGGCAUAUCUCUCACCCGCCAGUCAUCCAACGAUGUUUUCUCGACGUUGAUAAAUCCCUCAUUCGCCUUCCAUUCUCCAACCCUGAUGAAUUCAUUGAGCGGUAUGAGACUCCCCCACUAAGAGAAAGAAUCUUUCAUUUUGCACCGAAAGCCAUUGCACAGCUCAAAUCAAAGGCCAACAACGAAUGCAAGACCGACAAGAUCUCAUCGUUCCAAGCUUUGUGCGCCCUUGUGUGGAGAUCUAUUAUACGGGCCCGAGGCUUUCCUUUAGACCAAAAGACGAGCUGCCGGUUGGCUAUUGGGAAUAGGCCGAGAUUGCAACCACCCUUGUCUCCUGACUACUUCGGUAACUGCAUUAAUGUCACAAGUGCGACAGCCUCAGUAGGUGAUUUGCUUUCUCAUGAUCUCGGUUGGGCAGCGUGGUUGUUACACCAAAGCGUGGCUGCUCACAACGAUGGUGUGGUGCCUGGAACGGUCAAAGCAUGGGUUAUGGCACCUAUGGUGUAUCAUAUAAGUGAGUUUGACCGAUACAGUGUGAUGGUAGGGAGCUCUCCGAGAUUCGACAUGUAUUGCAAUGACUUCGGGUGGGGGAAGCCGCUGGGACUUCGUAGCGGGUAUGCAAACAAGUUCGACGGGAAGGUAUCAUCAUAUCCAGGUCGGGAAGGAAGAGGCAGUGUGGAUCUAGAGAUCUGUCUUCCACCUGAGUCGAUGAGCGCACUAGAGUCUGAUGGGGACUUCAUGGAUGCCGUGUCACCUUCGGUUCUUUAAGUUGCAGAUGUCUUUGUUAUUGUUCUUCCUUGGAGCUAUAGCUAUAGCAGCCUAAAUUACAAUAAGUGUAUUGUUGUCGCCGUCUUAGCAGCUUUUGUUCGGCUGAUUUAGUAAAAUGUUCUUGUAAUGGGACCAUGGCUCUAAAAGUAGAUGAUUGGAACUGAAACUUUUCCCAUUCAGUCCUGGUGAGAUUUCCAGCACAUUUGUUGACUUGGUCGAGUCAAUCGUAUGAUUUGGUCUAGUCUGGUAAAAUCUGACCAGGUUUAUUAUAUUUUUAGUAAUAAAAAACUAGAAUUACAUGUCA